AUGCCUUUCCACGCUCAGCAACGCAAGCAACCAUGCCUGCCCCCUCCAUGUCUGCAGCAGCAGCAGGAACGACUGAAGAGCCAGGAAGCGUGCCCACCGCCUGCAUGCAAAGAGCAGGAGCCAGCCAAGUGCCAGGAUCUCUGCCCGCCUUUGUGCCAGGAGCAGGGCCCUGCUAAAUGUCCACCUGCAUGCCAGGAGCAGGGCCCAGUGAAGUGCCAAGAUCUGUGCCCACCUGUCUGCCAGGAGCAGGGCCCCGCAAAAUGCCAAGAUCUGUGUCCACCUCCGUGCCAGGAGCAGGGCCCCGCGAAAUGCCAGGAUCUGUGUCCACCUCCGUGUCAGGAGCAGGGGCCGGCGAAAUGCCCGGAUCUGUGCCCACCUGUCUGCCUGGAUCAGGGCCCGGCGAAAUGCCAGGAUCUGUGCCCACCUGUCUGCCUGGAGCAGGGCCCGGCGAAAUGCCAAGAUCUGUGUCCUCCAGAAUGCAAGGAACAAGGCUCGGUGAAAUGCCAGGAUCUGUGCCCUCCAAAGUGCCAGGGCAAGUAG